AUGUACAACACAUGCACCACGCACACCUGCACGCACACAUGCACCACGCACACCUGCACAUGUACAACACAUGCACCACGCACACCUGCACGCACACAUGCACCACGCACACCUGCACAUGUACAACACAUGCACCACGCACACCUGCACGCACACAUGCACCACGCACACCUGCACAUGUACAACACAUGCACCACGCACACCUGCACAUGUACCACACAUGCACACCUGCACAUGUACCACACAUGCACACCUGCACAUGUACCACACAUGCACACCUGCACAUGUACCACACAUGCACACCUGCACAUGUACCACACAUGCACACCUGCACAUGUACCACACAUGCACACCUGCACAUGUACCACACAUGCACCACGCACACCUGCACAUGUACCACACCUGCACGCACACAUGCACCACACCUGCACGCACACCUGCACCACACCUGCACGCACACCUGCACAUGUACAACACAUGCACCAUACCUGCACGCACACCUGCACAUGUACAACACAUGCACCAUACCUGCACGCACACCUGCACAUGUACAACACAUGCACCAUACCUGCACGCACACCUGCACAUGUACAACACAUGCACCACACCUGCACGCACACCUGCACAUGUACAACACAUGCACCACACCUGCACGCACACCUGCACAUGUACAACACAUGCACCACACCUGCACGCACACCUGCACAUGUACAACACAUGCACCACUCCUACACGCACACCUGCACAUGUACAACACAUGCACCACACCCAAACCUACACGCACACCUGCACAUGUACAACACAUGCACCACACCCAAACCUACACGCACACCUGCACAUGUACAACACAUGCACCACACCCAAACCUACACGCACACCUGCACAUAUACAACACAUACGCCUACACGCGCACAUUGA